AUGUGGUCGCGGGAUUCUGCUGAAAGAACAUCGGUUUCAAUCGCUGCUGCAGCACUGGCGUUCAUAUCUUCCCUGAUUUUGCUCGUGUUGUCCUAUUACGAACACACCCGAUCUGUGCAGCCUUCUACGCUCAUUAGUGUUUAUCUGCUUCCCUCGCUGGUUUUUGAUGCUGCGCGCACAAGAACCAUAUGGCAGAUUGGUGCGAACACUGAGAUAGAGCGCGUUUUCAGCGCAUCGCUGGUGGUGAAAGCCUUGUUGCUUCUCCUUGAAUCAUUUGAUAAGUCUCAGUCUUUGAUUAUCACAGAUCAACGUUAUGGACCGGAGGAGACUGGUGGUUUUAUCAAUAGGAGCCUGUUUUUCUGGAUGAACAGGUUGAUAUAUACAGGGUAUGGCAGAUCAUUAUCUUUGUCAGAUAUAUAUCAACUUCCGCACGAGUUCAAGGAUGGCUCAGUACAACUUCGAUGGCAGGGCUACUGGGGUCAAGGUGGGCUUUAUGAUCUCUGCUACGACCAAUUGGACUUGCUAACAGAGGUUGAUACUAUAGGAUCUGAGAACGGUAAACAUCCCUUGAUCUGGUCGAUAAUUCAAGCACUGAAGUGGCAGCUUUUGCAACCAAUACUCCCGAGGCUAUUUCUAAUUGGCUUCACAAUCUCGCAACCCCUUCUUCUGCUCCGUAUAAUUCAUUUUCUUGAUGCAUCUGCAAAGGGAGAAGACGAUGUAAAUACUGGUUAUGGUUUAGUUGGAGCAUAUGGUGUAGUAUUUCUUGGUGUCGCGAUAUCAACCGCUUGGUACUGGCACAACACAUACCAAGCAAUCAUUGCCAUCAGGGCAGUUCUCGUGCUUGCCAUCUACAACAAAACUAUCGAGCUUGAUAGCACAGCCUUGAGUAAUUCGGCGGCUGUAACUUUAAUGAGCGCGGAUGUUGAGAGAAUCACUGCGGGUCUAAGAACAUUGCACGAGACCUGGGCAAAUGUUGUUCAAGUUGCGAUAGCCUCUUGGCUGCUAAAAAUUCAGAUUGGCCAAGCUUUCAUUCCACCUUUAGUAGUCCCUGUUGUUGUCGGCAUCAUCACCAGUAGAAUAGGCAAAGCCGCCGGCAGACGCCAAACAGCGUGGAUGGGCAGAGUCACAUCAAAUAUGCUUGGCGCUGUAAAGGGAGUCAAGAUGUCUGGUUCAACAGAGAGGAUGACCAGCAACGUAAAAAACCUGAGGCUUGAGGAGCUUGAUGCUUCGGCAAAGUUCAGGUGGCAUCAAGUCUAUUCCGCGCUUUUAGCUUUUACACCUGUAUUGAUAUCUCCUCUUCUUGCCCUCGCAACGUAUACGGCUAUAACCAAACAUAGGGGUGACUCUUUAGAUCCUGGUGCAGUAUUCACAGCUUUGGCACUCAUGACACUGAUAUCUCAGCCCUUGAGUGUUCUUUUUCAAUCCGUUCCCAAUUUGAUGGCAGCAGUAGCGUGUUUUGACAGGAUCCAAAAUUUCCUCAAAUCUGAAAUUCGCCACGAUUACCGCAUAGCACCAUCUCCAUCUAUCAGCGAAAAGAUUCCUUCAAUCACGGAAAGGGCGACAACUUCGCGUAUUUCGGUUACUAUAGGAGACGAAUCGGCAUCACUAGAUACUAACGACUGUCUCACGGUCAUCAGCAUCCAGAAUGGAAGUUUCAACUGGGGGAAAGAUGCGAAGCCAAUACUACACAAUAUCAAUCUAAAAAUUCAAGUAUCAAAACUGACCAUGAUAGUAGGACCCGUAGGGUCCGGGAAGACGACAUUACUGAAAACGUUCCUUGGCGAAGUUCCUAGCUCAGCUGGCUCUGUUAAAGUUUCUCCAAACAAUAUCUCGUUUUGCGAUCAGACCCCCUGGCUCACUAACAGAACAGUACGUGAGAACAUUCUUGGGUUCUCGGAAUUUGAUAGCAGCUGGUAUAGCACUGUAUUGCAUGCCUGUGCGCUAGAGGAAGAUCUCAUAAAUUUUCCCGAAGGAGAUCAUUCAAAACUUGGAAGUAAAGGAAUUACACUCAGCGGUGGUCAGAAACAGAGAGUGGCCCUUGCGCGAGCGAUUUAUGCUCGAGAGAAUCUUCUUGUCGUCGAUGAUAUCCUCAGCGGUCUGGACUCUAGCACCGAGAGCUUAGUCUUCGCUCGUGUUUUUGGGCCACAGGGACUGCUCCGAAGACAGGGGCGUACAGUUAUUCUCGCUACUCACGCUGUACAUCUCCUUCCCCUAGCUGACCACAUCAUCGUCUUGCUUGAUGGUACAGUAGUCGAUCAAGGUUCUUUCACGAAACUACAAUCCAAGGACUCUUAUGUGCGUAGUCUGGGAAUCGAACAACCCGUCAUCAAGUUAAGGUUGGGAGAUUUCGUAGGCUCAGUAUUUGCUGUUAGAGAUAAGCCGGAGACGCCAGCCAUGAAGCAACUUGAUGCUCGAGAUGGUGACUUCCGAGUCUGGAUCUACUAUUUCAAGGCGAUUGGAAACAUGGUAACAUUUUUAUUCUUCGCGUUCGUGGCAAUCUAUGCAUUCUUCUAUAUCUUCCCUCUUGUUUGGAUAAAAUGGUGGAUCGAAGCUAGUUAUGGUAAUGCGGAUUACGCGAUAGGAAAAUAUAUAGGAAUCUACGCUUUAUUGCAAUUUGCAGCAAUGCUUGCACUUGCAGCGAUGGUAAAACACUCUUUCGUUACGUUGGUUGUAAGCUCCGGAAAAUCAAUCCAUUGGAAGAUUUUGACAACAACCAUGCGUGCACCAAUGUUAUUCUUUGACAAAACAGAUACUGGAACGACUCUGAACAGGUUUGGACAAGACUUGCAAAUUAUAGACUCGGAGCUACCUAUGGCAUUGAUGAACAUGGCAUGCAGUACAUCAAUCAUGAUCGGCCAGAUUCUGUUGAUCGUGAAUGCAUCUUACUACCUCGCUAUAAGCUUCCCGCUUAUUAUUGUUUUUCUUUAUUUACUUCAGAAAGUAUACCUACGAACAUCAAGACAGCUUAGAAUGAUUGACCUUGAAGCAAAGGCACCUUUGUACUCCCACUUUGUCGAAUCUCUGGGUGGUCUCGCCACAAUCCGUGCCUUUGGCUGGCAACAGGAUGUUAUAACUCUCGCAAGUGGACUUCUCGACGACUCUCAGCGUCCAUUUUAUCUUCUCCAAUGCAUUCAACGUUGGCUCACGCUCGUCUUAGAUCUCUUCGCCAUGGGCUUUGCACUCAUUCUUGUAAGCUUGAUUCUGAAGUUUCGACAUAGUACAAAUUCCGGGUUUACGGGCAUCGCUCUUUUGAACUUGAUGACGUUGAGUGCAAUUUUGAUGGGCGUCGUGACAGUGUGGACACAGCUGGAAACUUCAAUUGCCUCUGUUUCAAGAGUGAAAUCGUUUGAAAAAGAAACACCAAACGAGAAUUUACCAGGCGAGGAUUUUGUCCCGCCGAAGGAAUGGCCGGCCAAAGGAGAGAUUGAUGUGGCUACUGGCAAAGCUUUAAAUAGGAUCUCAGUGGUCAUUAAAGCAGGAGAAAAGAUUGGCAUAGUCGGACGGACUGGAAGUGGGAAGAGUUCUUUCGUGCUUGCUCUCUUCCGCAUGCUGGAGAUUGACUCGGGGUCAAUCACGAUCGACGGUAUUGAUAUUUCAUCAAUCCCUCGCCAUAUCGUUCGCUCGCAUCUCAACGACAUUCCCCAAGAGGCCUAUUUUCUUUCCGGCACAGUUCGCCAGAAUGUCGAUCCCAGCGGAAUCUCUUCUAGUACGCAGAUCGUGGAUGCGCUUACAAAAGUCCAGUUGUGGGCCCUCAUCGAGGAAAAGGGAGGUCUAGAUGCUGAUUUCGAUGCCAAUUUCUUGUCAAAAGGUCAGAGACAGUUGUUUUGUCUAGCGAGAGCAAUUUUGCGGCCCGGAAAGAUCGUGGUUUUGGAUGAGGCAACUAGCAGCGUCGAUAUUAAGACUGAUGAACUCAUGCAACGCUUGAUCCGAAGUGAGUUUGCAGAUUACACUAUUAUCGCUAUUGCCCAUCGUCUUAACAACUUGGUUGGAUUCGAUCGUAUCAUGGUAUUAGAUCAUGGAAAAUUGGUGGAGUGCGAUAACCCGAAGCUGUUGUCGGAGCGCAGCUCGUUGUUUAGAGGACUUUUGGAUACUUACAAGACAGGAGACGAUUAA